CUCCUAUUUAUUACUACUUCCUUCUCCUCACGUCUCUCCUCUACAUAGUAAGACCCAACUAAAUAUCUUCUUUUCUCUCCAUACACUUUUUCCAGAUAUUUCUAAUCAACAAAACUGAUGAAUCAAGAAAAGACCAUUUCUUGUUGUUGUGUUCUUGAUGCUUCCACUUAUGUUGGUUUCUGGAUUCUCAAGAGAUUGCUCACUAGAGGUUACUCUGUUCACGCAGCUAUCCGUAAAAACGGUAAAAAAAUCUAUCAAACUCUUUUUUCAAUUGAUUUCAAGGAUUUUGAGACAAAUGAUUUGUUUAUCUGGCCAAAUUCACUAAUGGUGCUAUAAAGUUUCCAACCUUUAAUUGGUUCCAAUCAAUUUUUGAGGCAAUGGGUUCAAGUUCACUUAUGGGGGAGAGUGUGCUUGAAGAGAAAAUCAGAGACAUGGAAGCUAACGAAGAGAGAUUAGAGGUUUAUGAUGUGGAUGUGUUAGAUUACCAAAGUAUCCUCAUUUCUCUCAACAAUUGUAAUGCUGUCUUCUGUUGUUUGGAUAAUCCUGAAGGGUACGAUGAGGAGAAGGAAGUGGAUUUGGAGGUGAGAGGAGCUAUUAAUGUGGUGGAAGCAUGUGCAAGAACAGAGAGUAUAGAGAAGAUUGUGUUCUCAUCUUCGUUAACUGCUGCAAUUUGGAGAGAUAACAUUGGAACUCAGAAAGAUGUUGAUGAGAAGUGUUGGAGUGAUCUUGACUUCUGUCUCAAAAAAAAGUUGUGGCAUGCUCUUGCGAAGACACAGUCCGAGAAGGCAGCUUGGGCAUUAGCCAUGGAUCGUAUGGUCAACAUGGUUUCGGUUAACCCGGGCCUCAUCGUUGGACCAUCAGUGGCUCAACACAACCCAAGACCGACCAUGUCUUACCUCAAAGGAGCUGCACAAAUGUAUGAGAACGGUGUGUUAGCGUACGUAGAUGUUGAAUUUGUAGCGGAUGUUCACAUUCGAGCAUUCGAGGAUACUUCGGCUUGUGGUAGAUACUUUUGCUUCAACCAAAUUGUGAACACGGAAGAAGAAGCUCUCAAGCUUGUACAAACUCUAUCUCCUUUAAUACCUAUGCCACCAAGGCAUGAGAAAGAAAUGCAAGGAAGUGAAGUUUAUGAAGAGAGAUUGAGAAACAAGAAACUAAACAAGCUGGUGGAAGCUGGAUUUGCUUGUUAAUUACAUGAAGAGAGAUGUUAUAAAUUAAAGGGCAAGAAAAUAACAAAGAAAUUUUAUAGUAAGAGUUGUUUGUUUACUUAUUUUUUUAAUUAUUGUACUCUCAAUUCAGUAUUUUAUAUAUCUAUAUUUUAUUUUAUUUUGAAAUGAAAGGAAAAUAUGUGUUACUCAUAGAAAAGUGAGUAUUUUUUUUUUGGUUUUAAUGUGAGAAAAGUGAGUAUUUAUUACUUGUAUGUCAUUAUUUAUGGAAUAUAUGAUGAGGCUAGGUAGCAACAAAU